UUUGGUUUUCCCAGCUGCACUCGCCGGUCCCGCUGCUGCACUCUCGAUCGCCGCCGUCGCGGCCGCAACUGCCGUAUCUUCCAGGAUAAUAAAUGGCUGGUGCAUCCUCGUCGCUGAAGGAAUAUUUGAAAAGAUAUCAAGAUGGGAAUGAGGAAGAGGACAAAAAGAAAAAGAAGAAGAAGAAGAAGGCUAAACAGGUUGAUACUGGUGUAGUUGUUGUUGAUGAAGAUCCCAUAUGGCAAAAACCAGUGAGAAUUGAAGAGGAAGAGGAGAAUGAUUCAGCCGAUGAAGAGAAGCCCCUGGUUGAUGAGGACAUUGAAGUCAAACGAAUGAAGAGAUUGGAGCUACUUAGAGCUAGACGUCCUUUUGGCUCCAUAUCUGAGGAUGGAAGUGGUUGGGUUUCAAUCUCUGAUGCUCCUAAAACAUCAAACUUUAGUGACAAAGUCUUGGAUAUCUCACCACCACGUAGGCGGAGGGCUGACACACCAUCUCCAGAACAUGAUCUGAGGUCAUCUAGCGGACGAGAUGCUGAUCUGUCACCACCUCGUAAAAGAAGAGUUCGGAAUGAUACACCUUCUCCAGAACCCAUGCUAAGGCCUCCUGGCACAGGUGAUGCUGAGUCGUUGCUAGAACGGACACGUACAACUCGAAACGAUUCACCUUCACCAGAACCUGAUUGGAGAUCAAGAGCAACAGGUGCAGAUUUCUCACCUCCUCGGCAAAGACAGAAACAUUACCUAAAAGAAAAGGAUGAAAGGGAUAUUUCUCCUCCUCGUAGGAGAAAGGCUUCAUAUGAUACUUCAUCAUCAAAAUCUGGGUUUGGACCUUCGGAGUCUCGUAGAGAAGUUGUGAAUCUUUCACCCCCACGACGGCAAAGGGUACGCCAUCUGUCUCCAUCGCCAUUGACUAGGGAAGAAACAUCAAGCCCUGGAGAUCCAGAUUCUGACCUCUCUCCUCCCCGUCGCUUUCAUCAAGAUCAUUUGCAUACCUCUCCAGUGGCAGAUCUUUCACCUCCAAGGAAAGGUAGGAAGGAUAGAUAUGUAUCAAGUGAUCUCUCUGCUCGACAGGCCACUCAGCACUUGAAUGAGAAUGAUGCUGUACAAGCAUCCUCUGCUUUAGACCUUUCUCCUCCAAGAAAAAGGAAGGAGAAAUCUCCAACUUCAAAGCAGCAGGUGAAAACUGGUCUAGUUACUGGGCAAGACCUCAAAGAAGAAAUCGCUAGAAAGAAGAAAGAAGAUAUGUUGAGGUUUAAAGAAAUGGAUCCUUCUAUAAGUGGUCGUGGUGCUGAACCUGUCUAUCGUGAUAAAGUAACAGGUAAGAGAAUGUCAAAAGAUGAGUUCUUAAAAUCGCAAAAGAAGGAAGAGAAGCCCAAGGAAGUCAAAUUGGAAUGGGGUAAAGGAUUGGCACAGAAACGAGAAGCUGAAGCAAGACUGCAGGAAUUAGAGAGCGAGAAAGACAAACCAUUUGCAAGAAGAAGAGAUGACCCUGAACUUGACAGAAUGCUCAAGGAAAGAGUCAGAUGGGGUGAUCCUAUGGCACACUUGGUCAAGAAAAAGCAGUUUGGGCCAGUUAUGGAAGAUUUAGGUGAUGAUGAGAAGAUGAAAGAAUCAGGUUUCAUCAUUCCUCAGGAAAUCCCCAGUCACAGCUGGCUAAGAAGAGGAUUAGAUGCUGCACCAAACCGUUAUGGUAUUAAACCAGGGAGACACUGGGAUGGCGUUGAUCGCAGCAGUGGUUUUGAGAAGCAAAUGUUUAAGAGAAUGAAUGAGAAACAAGCUACAGAGAGGGAGGCCUACUUGUGGUCUGUGUCUGAUAUGUGAGGACUAAUAAUAUCAGCAUCAUGUGAUACUGAUGGUUGAAACUGUAGAACAGAUGCGGAUAAGGGAUUUACCAGGAGCAUUGGAUGGUAAAUCAACACAGGAAAAAGUUGGUUUCUUCUUUUCUCCAACAAGUUUAUCCUAGAUGUGAGAUAGAGGUAUAUUUCAUUCGAAGAAAUUGAAAGGAAUGCUUGGAAGCAGUUGCCCGUUUGGAAUUUUUGCUGUUUCUUUUUUUCAGAUUUUGAAUUUUUACUAGCUUAUUGAUGUGGAGCAUCUGGCCAAAAAAAAAAAAAAUUAUAAUUUGCCUACAAGCUGAAAAGUAUCUCUCUACGUUCAAUGGUUCUUGGCAAAUAGUACGUCUUACCUAGAUGAAGUUAGUUGGUUUGCUGGUCCCCAGAUAGAUGGAUUUUUGAAAGUGUAAAUCUAUGAGACCAUUUUGCUUCAUGUGGAUUUAAUUCGAGGACAUUUGUAUUGUCCAGUAUUGCAUUUUGAACCUGAUUUGUAGUUGACUGCACAGUCCAUGAGAUCUUUACUUGUGAA